GUUGGCGUGUAUAAAAAGCGCGCCAGUGCAUCGCAGUUGAUCGAUUUGUUGGUUUCUUCAUCUCUGUAACUUUUGAACUUUCGAAGCGCGUCGUUGCCGUUGCAGUUUAGUCUGUGGUAUUUUUGUUGAAUCUUUAUCUGUUCCACGUUAUAACAAUGACUGGCCGAGGAAAGGGAGGCAAGGGAUUGGGCAAAGGAGGUGCCAAGCGCCAUCGUAAAGUCCUCCGUGACAACAUCCAGGGCAUCACCAAGCCCGCCAUCCGUCGUCUGGCCCGUCGUGGUGGUGUGAAGCGUAUUUCCGGACUGAUCUACGAAGAGACCCGUGGAGUUCUGAAAGUCUUCCUGGAGAACGUUAUCCGUGAUGCCGUCACCUACACCGAACAUGCCAAGAGAAAGACCGUGACAGCCAUGGAUGUGGUGUACGCUCUCAAACGCCAGGGAAGAACCCUCUACGGUUUUGGUCUUUAAACGUGUUUGCACAUGCGGAGUUGUUUGGCGUGCUACUGUCUUUAACAUUCAGUCAGUAUUGUACUGUAGUGCGUCUCAGCCUGUGUACGUCGGAUUUGUGACGUUGGCAUCUUUAGAAUGGAAUUAUGUUUUUUUCGACCGUUUACAGAAUCUCAGUUUUAAUGGUUUCCAGCGUGCGAAAGUAUUCCAUGAUGAAUUAAAAAGAAGCAGUGA